CGAAGGGACAAAAUGGCGGAAGCAUUUUCGCGUCAGUUGUAACUUUGGUGUAAACAAACGCAUAAAACUUGUUUUAUUUGCUAUCUUCUUGUCUUGAUUGAUUCAUGGGUGUUGUCCCCAUCUUCAGAAUCAGAUAAGAUGGGAGAUAAACAAGAAUCAGACAGUAGCUCAGUUGGGUCUCCCGCAACUGCAACGUCCCCAUCUGAUACGCCGCCAAACCAGAUAGACAACAAUCAUAAGGGAAUGCCACCUCCAGGAGCAAAUCAACAAGGUAUCCCUGGGACGUCACCGCCAUUUAUAGGCUCGCCGAAUGCUGGCAAUUCACCGGACCCAGUUCAUGAUCUACCCAUUGAACUACUACAAGCUGGUUGGAGGAAGUUUUGGAGUCGCAGAGAAAAUCGACCAUACUUUUUCAAUAAGAUUACCAAUGAAUCUGCUUGGGAUAUGCCACAUAUUAUGCUACACCCAGCCUCUCAACCUGACCCCCUCAGUGAUCCCCUUGGCAUCAACAGACCCGCAGGCCCACCGAAAGACUUACAUGACAUCAGGCUCUCGCGAGCUAGUGUGGACAUACCAUCUCCACAUGCAGGAAUGAAGAGGCAGGCUAGUGAGGACCCAUUUGGAACUCCACCUAAAAGAGCUGCCUUCAGUAUUGGGCCAUUUUGGAACUUUGAAAUCAAUAGUAAUGUGGUGAUUUAUGAGCGGCCACUGACAAAGAUGGCACCCCCACAUCCUGAUGUGGAAAUACUGCGGGGACAAUUUCUGAAAAAGUUGAGAGGACAUUAUCAUGAGCUCUGCCAAACUAGAGAAGGUAUUGAAGUUCCACACGAGUCAUUCAGUCGAUGGCUUCUGGAAAGGAAGGUUGUUGAUAGAGGAGAAGACCCGAUGUUACCGUCAGACUGUGCUAACGAGAUCUCAUUGUCAAUGUACAGAGAAAUCAUGAACGAUAUCCCGAUCAAAUUGAUCAAACCAAAAUACUCGAGUGAUGCACGAAGGCAGCUGUUCAAAUAUGCAGAAUCCGCUAAGAAAAUGAUAGAGAAUAGAACUGCCACGCCCGAGAGUCGAAAAAUAGUGAAGUGGAAUGCUGAAGACACGUUCAGUUGGUUACGGAAACAGGGUAAUGCAUCAUUUGAUGACUACUUGGAAAGACUUGCCCAUUUGAAGCGGCAGUGCCAGCCUCACCUGACAGAAACUGCCAAGGACUCCGUGGAAGGCAUCUGUACGAAAAUGUAUCACUUCUCUUGUGACUAUGUGAAAAAACUAUUGGCGCAGCAUUGGGAAAUGCUGAAACAAUGUGGAAUUGACCAGCCUCUUGCUGUCCAGAAGCCCCCUCUACGUAAGGUCUUGUGCUAUCCUAUCCAGUUAGCAGUGCCAUGUCCACGGCUUCCUGUCACGGAACAUCAAGUAGAUGGUGAAACGACGGUGCUACGGUAUAGGGGAGAUCAAAUUGAGAUCAACUCCAUACAUUUUCAAAAACUGGAACAAUUAUACCGAUGGAAUUGUAAAGAUGAUGCGAGAUUUGACAAUUUUUUGACGAGAGUGUGGUGUCUUCUGAGAAGAUAUCAGACUUUGUUUGGUUCAUCCAACAACGAAGGGGCUGGUCUCCAGGGCGCACUGCCUGUGGCCGUUUUCGAGUGUCUGCACCGGGUAUUUGGUGUGACGUUCGAAGGCUUCGCUUCACCACUCAAUUGCUUCUUUAAACAAUUCUGUUCGGCUUUCCCGGAUACCGACAGCUACUUUGGUUCUCGGGGGACGAUAUUACACUUUCAUCCAUUGACUGGGUCAUUUGAAUGUAAUCCGCCAUUCUGUGAGGAACUCAUGGAAGCUAUGGUCGAUCACUUCGAGAAUUUAUUACAAGAGUCUCAGGAACCGUUGUCAUUCAUAGUCUUCAUCCCAGAGUGGCGAGACCCCCCCACAGAAGCCCUCAUCAGACUUGAGUCGAGCAGAUUCAAACGAAAACAAACUGUAAUUCCUGCCUUCGACCAUGAGUACAGACAUGGAUUUCAGCAUGUUAUGAAAAAUACACGUGAAGUGAAUGUGAAAGCUGCCCAUGGCACUUUGGUGGUGUUCUUACAGAAUGAGGCCGGUUACCAGAAGUGGGGACCAACACCAGAACGAGUGAAGGAGCUACGACUCGCGUUCAUGCCUCGAGAUCCUUCGCCUCCUCACCAUCAGAUAAAUCAGACUCCAAAAGACCCUGUACCUGCAAAAACAGAUAGUGAAAGGACGUAGGAUUCGUACUUCAAACAUUAUUGUGGUUAGAAGCGAAGUACUCAAAGUGAUGUAACUGACUUUUCUCCUCCUGUGGAGAGAUGUUAGAAAUCCCCAACUGGGGAGUGGUCAAGCCAGAAAUAUUGAGCCAUGUCCCCUCAUCCAAAUCAAAGCAAUGGCAUGUGGUGCUAUUGACUGCCUUUCCAAGGCAAAUGGCACCACUUAAAAUAGAGCUGAGAUAGGGGCCUGUUCAAAUACGGCAUCUUAAGCUGCGUGCGCCAUCUAAAAAUCAAUGGACAGCAUCUCGUGAACGGAGUAUAUCAAGAUUGGCAUCUAAAAUAUGGACUUUGGCAGUCAGAUUAUGUGUGCGUCAUCCAGGUCUUCGAACAGGCCCGAGGUACCAAAUUAUAGAUGGACCCUUAUUCAUUGCCAUUAUUGAAAUUCUAAGAAAUGGGUUGUUCGCUGAGUACAUAUACACACGUAACAUGUAUGUACCCGCACACUAAUGUAGAUAUAAAAUGUGGAUUCAAAUCCAAUGGUGUGUCUGAACAUUUGAGUGUUGCUGUAUAGAAAUGUCAUGUUUUAAGUGUACGUGAGAAAAAGUGAGGAAUUCAUGUGCCCGCAUUAAAAUAAGUUCAUCCAUCAUUAUUUAUUAGAAUGUCCAUGUACAAUACUUGUAAUUCUAGGUAAUUUAACCUGUUCGGACAAAAAUAAAGACAAAAGCCUCGUUUUUGACUGGCUUUAUUUGGUCUCGAGACCAUCAGAUGAAUGGCUUCUUUCAUUAACAUCAUACUUGACCUCAGUGUGUCGUAGAAAAUUGCAUAAUAUCAUUUUGUCAUCUUGUUCACUCCACAAGAGUUGAGACACACAAAAUUCCCAUCUAAGCUAUUGUAUACCGGUAAAUUUGUUUGAAUGUUUGAGUUGCAACUUAUUUUGUAUUUUUCUACUCUGUGCAGUUCCCUUUUCCCCCAUCCAUCCUAUUUUCAUGUAAACAGUUUAUCGUUGCUAAAAAUAUUCUUCUCCGAUACCGGUAUCUUACUCGUUUAGAAUGUUGCUCACGAAAUUUGCAAAAAAUAAAACACUUUCAUGGUUUACUGAAUUUUCUCCAACUUGUGAGAUUUAGAGUCAUCAGGCAGCUUCUCAUCUUUCACUGAUUUGUUUUCAUUCAAAGAAGAUUUUAUCAUGGGACCUUACCAUGUGGCCAAGCGUCCGGUGCCCAUGAGCAUUUGGACAAAGACUGCUAAUGUCUUUUGAUUAGAUUUUGACACUGGUGUCAUCGUGAGGUAAUUCCCACAUCUAUGUAUGUUGAAGUGCUUGUAUAUAAAUCCAUCAAAAACAUCCAGAAUUUUCUUGUCGAAUGAAAUAAUCAUGAAAGUCAUAAGGAAAGGCAGCGUACAUUUGAAUUUAUUAUAUGUUCUACCCGGUAUCCAUUCGUGAAUAAAAUCCAUUAAAUUGAUGAUGAUUUCUGUUGACACAUCUCAUACUUUUCAUCGAAUACGCUUUCAGUGACUUGUCAGGUUAGUGUAACUGAUGGUGUCUUGUUUAUUAGAAGUUACGUAAAAGUAUUCUACUGUUCUGAGGUGUUCUUGGCUGUAGUAAGUUUGAGAUAUGUUCUGAGCUGUUGUUUGUCAGAUCAAACCAUCUGAUUGGUGUUAUGAAGAAUAGAUAAAGACUAAAUACUGGUGUGUUGUACAUAGUAUAUUAUCUGGAGAGUUGAUCUCUUGUCGAACUGAUAUUGUUUUUGUUAGAAAAGUCAAUCAGUGUCGAUUGUGUAUGUAAGUUGUUCUUAUCAUGGCAUCUUCAUAUCAAUUCUGUCAAGUCAUUUUCAUGUUUUGUCAUCAUAAUCAUGUAGUAAUUAGUCCCUCUCCGUAAUUAUGAAAAAUGUGUCAAAGAUCACAAUACGAAAUUAUACAUACAUGUAGUUGAAUACCAGAAGGACAAUGUAAUGUUUAUUGGACUUAUGAGUGUAAGGGCUUGUAUACAGUUAUGUUUUAAGAAGUGGUCUAUGUGGGAAUUGCAUUUCCCAUGACUGUGCGGUUACAUGGGAUGGUUCAAUGCAGUUAAUUACUGUUUGAACCUUGCAAAAUAUUUUCACCUCAGGAGAUUGGUUUUUUUUAUUUGUAGGUUAGGCUCUUCUGCAUGCUCGGGUUGUUAGUCUUUUGUACGUGGUCGUUUUGUGGAUACUUGUGAAUUACUACUUUGUCUGUAGCUGCAUGUGGGAUAUUUGUGGGAGAAAAGACAUCUGUAUCUGUCCAUUGUUUUAAAAUAUGACUUAAGAUUGUCAACGGUGAAAGGACAGGGGUAUCAGAGCUAUGUAAGCUAAGAUGCAUACAUCUCAAGUAAUGUUUGAAAUUACGGUUAUGGUGACUUCAUGCUCUCGUAAAGAUAACGUGUAUAGCUGCAUAUCCUCUGGUCCUGAUAUUACAAUGCUGUGCAUGCUAGUCAAGCUGAAGGUUCCAGGCAUGGAUCCGGGAUCGAGUGACCAUCGAGUGGCCUUUAACAUGACAGGGAAAUUUGGAAAAGAAUCUUAGAGAUUGAUCUCGACUGUUGCUGUGUUGCACUGGGCAUCCCCAUUUUGCUCAAUCCAUGAUCCACGCCUGGACUUGAAAUAAUAGGCAAGUGCAGAAGUUUUUGCUGAUUGUUUCUGGUGAACUGUUGUAGUUUUUAGCAAGUGUGGAUUAAGACUUAGUGUAAUUUUUUAUAGAAGAGCCUAUUACUAUAUUGUAUAACAUAUGUACAUUUGAUACAUUUUAUCAGUCAGCAUUUUAUUUAUUUUAUUUUCCAUUUUGGAACUUUUCUUAUGAAGUAAAUUGUAAAUAUGGUCUUAACUUGUAUACUUGUAAAUAGAUUUUAAUGGCACAUGCAAUGAUGCAUGUGAAAGCUAAAUAAGACUUUGUGAAAAGUCUAUUUUAAUAUCUGCUCUUUGUGCAAUAUACUGCUUAAUAGUGAUGGGUAGCUAAAACGAAAAGUUGGUUCAAUCUAUUUUGUGAAGAUCUUGAACUGGGAUUUAAAGCCAAGGCCUUUUCUGUACAUGGACUGUAAACCACUGAAUUUCGGCCCCUCUUUAUUUUUGGAAUUUGCAAAAAUUUCUGGUUAGAAAGAUUUCAUGAUUUUUAAUUUGGCAUAUUACAAAAUUUCUUCCAGUUUUUGCAAUAUUUUUCGUUAUUCAAAUUUUCUUGGAUCGAGCUCAUUUGCCAAAUCUGCGAAAACAUAACACCCAUGAAAUUCGGAGGUUUAUUGUAUACAUUAGGCCAUCUUUAAAUGUUUGUUUGCAGUCACUUAACCUUUGGUUUUGAGACAGGGUCACGUUAAUCGUUUUCCCGCAGUUCAGACCAGGAUUGAGUUGGCCUGUGACGUGGUGGUGUUUUCCCAAUAGCAGUUGUUUUGUCAUAUCCAUGAAAUGUGUAUGAUAUGGUUUGUAGUUUUCUUCAUUUUCUACCUAGCCUGUGGUAGCUGAACAUUCAUCCUGUUGAUAACCAGUUAUUAUGACCAGAAAAAAGCUGAUAUAAAUACAUGUAGAUGUACUUAUUUUAUAA